AGGUGCUCCCAGACCACCAACGGCUACCUGUCCGACUCCAGGUCCUGCCCCAGCAACUACAACGUGGCGGCCCUGGCCACCUCGUCCCUUGUGGGGGUGGUGCAGAGCAUCAAGGACCACAUCACAAAGCCCACGGCCAUGGCCCGAGGCCGCGUGGCCCACCUCAUCGAGUGGAAGGGCUGGAGUGCCCAGCAGGCAGGCUGGGAGCUGUCCCCAGCUGAGGACGAGCAUUACUGCUGCCUCCCGGAUGAGCUGCGUGAGGCCCGCUUUGCUGCAGGGGUCGCUGAGCAGUUUGCCAUCACAGAGGCCACACUGAGCGCUUGGUCCUCGCUGGACGACGAGGAACUGCACCCCGAGAACAGCCCCCAGGGCAUCGUCCAGCUCCAAGAUCUGGAGAGCAUCUACCUUCAGGACAGCCUUCCCAGUGGCCCCUCGCAGGAUGACAGCCUUCAGGCCUUCUCCUCACCCAGCCUCUCCCCUGACAGCUGUCCCUCACUGGAGGAGUCCCCCAGCACCGCUGGCAUCCCGCAGCCCCCCAGCCCAGAGCUGCAGCAUCGGCGGCGGCGGCCCGGGCACCAAGGACCCGAGGGUGGGACGCACCUACCGGGCUCCCUCCCCUCCGUGGACAGCGGCUCCGUCUGGGAGGAGGAGGACGAGGUGUUCUAUAACUGAGGCGGGGGCUGUGCUGGUCCGGCACCUGCUCACACCAUGAC